CGCAAGCGCACACUCUCGUGGGCAACAUGGCGGACGCGGCGUCUCCGCCGAGCAAAAGGAAGCGCGAGCUAGAUGCCGCGGGGGAGGAAGCCUCCGCCACAGAAGACAAGGCAGCCGAGGGGGCUGGCGUUGGGAAUGGCACGUCCACCCCUGUCCACUUUCCUUUCUCCGGCUUUAGAGUGAAAAAAGUGCUGAGGGAGUCCGCGCGGGACAAGAUCCUGUUCCUACACGGCAAGGUGAAUGAGGCCUCUGGAGACGGAGAGGAUGCCAUCGUGAUCCUGGAGAAGACACCAUUUCAGGUGGGUCAGGUGGCCCAGCUCCUGAUGGGCAGCCCUGAGCUCCAGUUGCAGUUCUCCAACGAUAUUUACAGCACCUACCACAUGUUUCCUCCACGGCAGCUGAGUGAUGUGAAGACAACCGUGGUGUACCCGGCCACAGAGAAGCACCUGCAGAAGUACCUGCGCCAGGACCUCCACCUGGUUCGAGAGACAGGCAGCGAUUACAAGAACGUCACCUUCCCUCACCUGGAGUCCCAGAGCCUCAGCAUCCAGUGGGUAUACAACAUUCUCGACAAGAAGGCAGAAGCCGACCGGAUUGUCUUUGAGAACCCAGACCCCUCCGACGGCUUUGUCCUCAUUCCAGACCUCAAGUGGAACCAACAGCAGCUCGAUGACCUGUACCUGAUCGCCAUCUGUCAUCGCCGGGGCAUCAGGUCGCUUCGGGACCUCACUGCAGAGCACCUGCCGCUGCUCAGGAACAUCCUCCGGGAGGGGCAGGAAGCCAUCCUGCAGCGCUACCAGGUGAAGGGGGACCGCCUCCGCGUGUACCUGCACUACCUGCCCUCCUACUACCACCUGCACGUGCACUUCACAGCCCUGGGCUUUGAGGCCCCUGGCGCCGGGGUGGAGCGGGCGCACCUGCUGGCAGAGGUGAUCGAGAACCUGGAGCGAGACCCCGAGUACUACCGGGAGCGCACCCUCACCUUUGCCCUCAGGGCGGAUGACCCCCUGCUCAAGCUCUUGCAGGAGGCCCAGAAGAGCUGAGUCCACCCAGGGCUGCCCGGAAGAGAACACAGAUAUGUGGGGCUGCGUGGAGGGGAUUUUUAGCACCAAAUUACCAUUUUUUAAUGUGUUUUGUACUGGCUUAUUUCUAGUAUGUGAAUAAAGCAUUG